AUGUCGUUUUUCUUCAAUCGCGGGCGCAGCCGCACAAAUGCGGCCGAGCUGGCGCGGCAGACAUACGACCUGCUGUCCCGCAUCGACGUCGCCAAGAACCCAGAAAUAAAGGUGGACGAGCCGCUGCCGAAAUGUCUUGGCCAGAUGAAGGCCAUCCUCCAAGGCACACACGACGCCGAGUCCAGCCCCGAGCAGGUCUACCAACUCGUGCACGGCAUUGUGGACGAGCAGGUGCUCUGCCUGCUACCCCAGAUCCUGCACUUGCUACCCUUUGAGUCGCGCAAGGACGCGCAGGUCAUCUUCUCAUUCGUCUUCCGCUACCGACCGCCGAGCAACUACCCAGUCGCCUCCGACUCGCAGAACAACCAGCAGCCGGCGCCGCUCGCCGUCGACUUUGUGAGCAACCACGCGCCAUCUGUGCUCAUUGCCCUGUGCCGUGGCUACGACCACAAGGAGAGCGCCACGACCGCCGGAUCGAUAUUGCGUGAGGUGCUCAAGCACGAAGCUGCCGCGGCCGUAGUGCUCUACGACGACGCAGACGACGACCCCAACAGCGGCUCGAGCGCCGGCGGCGUGUCCAAGAUUGCGUUUAACCGCGUGCAGAGUGGCCGCGGCAUUUUCUGGCAGUUCUUCAAGUGGAUCGACACGAGUUCGUUCGAGGUGGCCGCCGAUGCAUUCAACACCCUUCGGGAACUUCUUACUAGGCACAAGGAACUUGUGCCGCGCUACCUCAGCAUCAACUUCGACCUCUUCUUCAGCCGCUACAACACCACCCUCGUGCAGUCCCACAGCUACGUCACCAAGCGCCAGUCUAUCAAGCUGCUUGGCGAGGUGCUGCUGGACCGCUCCAACUACACGGUCAUGACGCGGUACGUCGACUCGGGCGAGCACCUCAAGAUCUGCAUGAACCUGCUGCGCGACGACCGCAAGAUGGUCCAGUACGAGGGCUUCCACGUGUUCAAGGUGUUUGUCGCCAACCCCCACAAGUCGGUCGCCGUCCAGAAGAUCCUGAUCAUGAACCGGGACAAGCUUCUCACGUUUCUGUCACACUUCCUCGAGGAGCGAACUGAAGAUGAGCAGUUUAUUGACGAGCGCGAGUUCCUCAUCAAGCAAAUCCGCAACAUGCCGCCCAAGCCCGUUCCGCCGCAACGCUAG